UGUAUUGCCUGCCAACCGUUGACUGGAAUCCCAGUCCACGCUUUCAGACAACCAAACACCUUCGCUUUCUUUCAAAACCCCACGUUCCUUACCCGUUAAUGGCGCCUUCUCCUUUUCAUCCUCUCUCUUCCAUCAUCGAAAACCCCCCUUUUUAUACUUAACCUUUAUUUCUUCCAUUAUGGAUCAUGUUCUUCAAGCUUUUCUAGCAGCAACAUCCACUUUCAUCGCUGUCCUCUUAAUCUUCACUGUUCUUUACCUUUUCUGUAGAGACCCAAACAAACGCCGUCCUAAUGAACCGACCCGGACCCGGAACCAUACCCGGGCGGUGGUUACUAGCAAUACGGAGCUUUCUUCCAUCACUGUAACCGAAAGCGCAACAUUUGACCCGUCUUUAAGUCAAAUCUCAAUGAAAGAACUGACCGACGCGACCCGAGAUUUCUCGCCGGAUCUCAUAAUCGGUGACGGCAGUUUCGGUUUGGUUUAUAAAGCGAAACUCAACUCCGGUGUAUCUGUCGCCGUUAAAAAACUGUCUGAUGAUGCUUUUCAAGGGUUUAGGGAAUUUAGGGCUGAGAUGGAAACCCUCGGUAAGAUCCGACACCCGAAUAUUGUCAAAAUGCUUGGAUAUUGCUCCACGGGUCAAGACCGGGUCCUCAUUUACGAGUUCGUCGAAAAAGGUAGUCUUGACCAAUGGCUUUACGACACGUCAUCGACAGCCGACAUGUUGGAAUCGAUACCUUGGAUGCCGUUAAAUUGGGCGACGAGGAUUAAGAUUGUGAAAGGAGUAGCUAAGGGACUUGCUUAUAUGCAUAAUUUGGAUACUCCAAUUAUUCAUAGGGAUAUUAAAGCGAGUAAUAUAUUGUUGGAUGUGAAUUUUGAAGCUUAUAUUGCUGAUUUUGGAUUGGCUAGGAGAAUUCAAGGGUCACAUUUACAUGUGUCGACACAAGUAGCGGGGACAAUGGGGUAUAUGCCACCAGAGUAUAUUAAUGGUGCACCAAUGGCAAAAACAAAUGGUGAUGUUUAUAGUUUUGGUGUGUUGAUGUUAGAGAUUGUUACUGGUAGGCGUCCUAAUUUUCCGUUUACUGGUGAAGAUGGUCAUGAAAUUAGGCUUGUUGAUUGGGUUAGUGGUAUGGUGGUGAAAGAACGGUACAUGGAAAUGGUUGAUGCUAAUAUUUCAAGGGAUGGCUUGAAAGAAAGUGAGAUUGUUGAGUAUUUUAGGAUUGCCAUGAUGUGUGCUAAUGAAAAUUUUCACGAUAGGCCUCCCAUGAAUGAAGUCGUUGAGAUUCUGAACGGAAUUUCAACAUGUUAAGGGUCGACAUUUUUAGACGAUUCUAUCAGCAAAAGAGCGUCGUCGUAGUAAUUUGAAGACUCCUUUGGUCGAGCAUCUCUAUGUACUAGUUCUAUUAGUACAAGGUAAUGCGUUAUUUUAAAUUUUGUACUUAGUAGUUUAUAAAUUGUAAAAAGUAGGGUAAAUUGUUGUUUUUAAUUGAUUGAGGAAUGGAAUUGGUUAAAUUGCUAGCUGUUUCAGAGAACUUGUCCAAACUGAGAUCUCUGACAUUUUGUAAGUAUAUCAUGUACAAUUGCGUAUGAUCAAAUUGCACCGAUUAAGAUUCUUUUGUCCUAA